AUGAUGAAUAGUGGUCGUGCAAGGGUCCCCAAGUGUGCUCGUUGCCGAAACCAUGGUCUGAUCUCCAGUUUACGAGGUCAUAAGAAAGCUUGUGCCUAUCGACUCUGCCAGUGCCCUAAAUGUGGACUGAUCAAGGAGAGGCAGAGAAUUAUGGCUGCUCAGGUAGCCUUAAAGCGGCAGCAAGCCGCAGAAGAUAAAAUAGCUUUGCACUUGGCUUCGGUAGAAAGUGGAACAGCAUUGGAAGCUCUACCUCCAGGUCGGAUAUAUGGGAUGAGAGUCACUGGCCCAUGCCCCAGCCCUGGACCGGAGCCCGACUCUGUUGCUGAUGACCAUACCCCAAUCCACAUCGACAGUGAGACGAGUGACUCUAUGCCCGACUGCUGCACUGUUUCACCAGAUUCUGCUGGUAAUUCUUCGGCCUCUAUGUCAGUGCGGCCAAGUGAAGAAGGGUCUGAAAGUGAGAAUGCAGUAAGCACAGCUGGUCUAGAGAUGUUGCGCAAACUGUUUCCCGGCAAGAAGCGCUCUGUGCUAGAACUAGUGCUACGACGAUGCAACCACGACUUGCUACGAGCCGUAGAACACUUCAAUGCUACGCGUGACCAGCGAGACAAGAUACCAGGAAUCAGUACUAGUAGCGGGUACGAGGCGUCGGUGUCAAGUUCCGAAGAGGUCGAGUCUAGGUGGUCAGCGUUCCGUCCAGUGGGCCCUCGAGCUCCAAUACUACCGGCGUUGGUUAUGGGGAGAGUGUGCGGUUCUGACUGGUUGAUACCGAUGCCAGCAUUACCUGCACUCUCAGGACCACUGCUACUGCCUCUACAGCACCCUCAUGCACCGCCAGCACCCUGCAAUCCGUGCUCUCCUGAUUGUAGGCAGUGUAACCAUCAUUAG